GUAGGUAAGCUUUCAAAGGACACGUAAACAGGAAUCAGUCUUCGUUCCGCUUACAUUUUCUGCAUAACUUUAUACUCACAAAAAUUUCUACAACUAUGGCUGAGUUAGAACUAAUUGCCGUUCGUGUAAAAGAUGGAAUUUUCAUUGGCAAUAUAACCGCGGCGGAGGACGGAGAAUUUCUUAGCAUGAAUAAAAUUACUCACAUUAUAAAUUGCACAGGUGAUGAGAUUGGUAAUUUAUUUGCAGGUAAUCCACAAUUUAAAUACAUAUCGUUUCCAUGGAAAGACACUCUUAGUUCAGUCUGUCCUACUAUGCUAUUCGAUGUCAGUGACGAGAACAUCAAUCGCGCGGUUCAGUUUAUUGAUGAGGCUGUAAAUUCUGGAAAUUGCGUUUUAGUUCACAGUUGCUACGGAAUUUCUCGAAGUCCCACAUUAGUUGCAGCCUACUUGAUGAUAAAAUACGAUUGGAAACUUGAAAGUGCAUUCUCAUUUUUGCAUAUGUCUCAUCCUGAUAUGCUGAUAAAGCCACAUUUCCUUCGUCAGUUGCGUUUGUUUGCUAAGCGGCACCAUAUUGAUUGUGAUAUAUUUGAUAAAGAGGUAAAUGACAGCGAGUUUGGGUUAGACAAUGAUCAAUGGAUGCUUCGCAACACUUUUCUGAAUGGACUUUGCUUUCAAGAACAGCAAUUACAUGAGCUCCACCGCAAAUGCACAGCAAAGAUAGAUGUAGGAACCCGCAUACACACCGAAAGGAAUAAACCCCGUGUAUCAUUUGUUGAUAAUGUUCGUAGGGGAAAUGUUGAUGUAGUCAAAAACACUUCGUUAACGAAUACGAAGUCUGUUCGUCAUUUGGACCCAUACACUGAUACUGCUUCGGAUAACUCGAUUUCUUCGCGGGGCCUGAUUGCCCUGAGUUUUGGAGAACGGUCGCUUAGUAUAAUGAACCGUAGUUCAUCUCCGUGCACACGCAAGUUAGAGUCAGAUUCCGUGACUUGUCCCAAGGGCCGAGGACUAUUUGGGUUGGUAUCUAAAGAGAACCAAAGCGACGAUUCAUUCCAUUCUACUGCGACUACAACGCAGAAUUUUACACGUUCUAAUAGUAAACAAUUUUCUUUUUUGAGAAACGGCAGCGAUGAAAAUAGGGAUAACCAAGUAAUUUUAACGCCGGCAUUGGAGGAAACUAUGCAUCUUUCAACUGCUACAUCAUCUUCAAAUUUGCCCAACUAUGAGCGUAUGGCUCCGCCAAAGAGCAGCAUAUCAUCUCACCAUUCUCCGUAUGCGAGACUUACACCUAAACAUGUUUACCGCAAAGGGUCCCCUCUUCCUAUUCAAAACACCACACAACCCAAAGUAUCGCGAGCAAAACAUUCCUCAGUGCCUCUAUCCCGGCCUUCUCGUAGCAAUUCGCCAUCUUCGUCAGAUAUCAGUGCGUCUAAUCGUUUUUUUUCACAGAAAAUCGAUAGACUUGGUUCAUCAACACAAAAUGGGUUAGUCUCAGUUACCACCUUAUCAAAGCAAGAUACCUCCACAAUUGUUCGUUCAACAUCGUCAGAUUAUGUUUCUAUUGCGCCUCGAAGAGCAGUGCAGUCUUCGUCGGCAAAGCCAGUGGACAAUUCUCAGAUGUCGACAAACAAUCGGCCCAUGAUCACUCGCCGCUAUUCACCCAGUGCUCGCAUUCCACAGGUCCUUAGAAAGUCUCGAAGCCCAUGUUCAAAGCCUGGAUUUCCUCCUCAAAAUGACCUGAGUCCGAGAGUCAUUAGAAAGAAGGGCAGUGAGUCCACGUCAAUUCAGUCUACCCGUAGUGGUGCCCUCACAGGAGCUUCAAAAUUUCCAAGAGCGAAUGCGUCAUUUGCUUCCGAUAACUUGAGUGGUAUUGUGCCAAAGAAAGCUCCAAGUCUUAGUGCGCCAUGUUCUGGGAUGUUACGACGGGAACCACUUACAUCUAUUCCAUCCCGACCAAAAUAGAAACUUAAUAUGUAAGCAUAAAUAUUAACUUCAGGGAAAUACAGUGAGAUGAAAUUCUGUUUGUUUGUUUGCACUGUUAGCCAUUUUUUUUUCUUGUGACGCCGA